GCUCACCGCAUCAAAGUCCGAUGGUAUCGACAAUCAUUCACAGCAAAAGAGUCGCACCGACUGGGUGCAGCCUGUGUUCCUCUUGGUGGAAGAAAGAAGAGACAGUGGAAGGGAGAGUACCAAGAAGAAGAUGUAAGCACACCACAGCUGUGUAUGUAAGUAUACUUAGAAAUAAAGGUGACUGUAGAAACAAAUUGAGUGCGAAGCAAAUGAAUCAUUUUCGCUUGUUCUGAAUUCAAUUUUCCGUCGUGUUUUGUCCUCGCGACAUGGACCCGAGAAGAAGCCGCAUUUUUACUGAUAAUCUCCUCCUCCCGUGUCGUGUUGAUAUUGUUUAUUGAUAUACAGCUGUAGUAAGUCGAGGACUUGCUCUCCGUUUAUUUCUCAAAAUAUUCGUGCUGCGCUCGUGCAAUCCGCGUUAUAAGUCUUCAUUCACCAUGAGUUACUUGAUUGCUUCUGCCUGUCCUUCCACUUUCAUCUCUGUGCAAGAACGUCCAGCCAAGUUGGCUCAAUGAGCACGGGUAGAAGCACGCCUCGUCAAUAGUUGCGAUUUCUCAGUAAAGGAGACUGAGCCCCGACGGCACCAACGUCGAAAACAAAACGACCCAGAGCAGCGUCGAAGACAGCGCGGUAGGAGAAGUUCUCGUGCAGCUCGUUAAGACAAGAUGGCAGCCGGCAGUGGGAUGGGAAACUCGUUCAUGGAACGAGGUAUGGAAGAUUACAUGGAGCGGCGGGUAAAAUCGGACAUCAAGCAGGGCCUGCAAAAUCUGAACCCAAUAGGUCGCCCAUAUGGGUUCGGAAACCAGCAAAACCAGGCGGAGCAAGGCAUCAACUGGCAGGAUUACAACUACCCGCCCUGGCUCAGGCUGAUACACUACAAGCAGGACGAACUUCCUGUGGCGAUUGCCAGGACAACACGGUGAUCAAUCUAUGCUAGCAUAAGAAACGUCUAGUGAUCAUGAAGUAGGAGUAGAUUGCAAGAUGUUGAAAAGAUAUCGGUUCGUUUGCUGAUGAUGAUGAAACAGGCGAACAAACGCUCCUCGUCCUCCUGCAACGACGUACGACUGCGACCAAGACAAAGAAAAAUCUAAAAACUCUACUUCCAGGUUGAUGCGGCUGUUUUUCGAGAUUCAGUGCUUCAUUUGCGCCUUGACAGUCUUCAACAGCAUUAUCAUAACCGCCUCGGCUUCUGGGUAUCCGGCCAAGUUUUUCCUGUUUGCGCUGCUCAAUUCCAUGAUGUUGCCGCCAGCAGCGCUUUUUGUGUUCUACCAGGGGUACCGAGGCUUGGCCAUCUCAUCUUCUUCCCUGCUCACUCAGUACAAAAUAGCAAACUCAGUGGCGAUCUUGCUCACCCUGUUGUGCUGCUUCGUUCCCAUGGGAGCAAUAAACGGUAUUGUGAAAAUUCUACUUUGCUAUUUGUACUUGAUUUGAUGUCGUCUCGCUCGAGAAAAGUGAAAAGCUGAGCACGUACUUCCGCUCCUUCUAUAUGGGAUUGUUCAUAUGUAUGACUACUUCGCAGGCUUUGGGCGGUAUGAUACCGAACUCUACGAGCACAGCGACGGCAAAGGAUACUGGGGAUUCGCGAUCUUCGUUGAGUCAAUGUUGUACCUGACCAACCUUGCUAUCACGUCUUUAUGCAUUGCAAAAGUAUCGUCCUGAUAGUGAUAAGUAUGAAUCGCGUCGCAAAUUUUGUACUCAACAGGAGAAAUUGAAAUGCAGUUAUUCAUGCUGCAUCAGGCAUGAUUCUUGAAAAGAAAACUAUGUGACGCGUGGCUGCAAUUCAUUGGUACGAGUUCGAUAUACUUUUGCACAGGAUAGUUUUACUGCAUGUACAAAGUGGUCGCCUUUGACCCCUUAUGCAGUGCAAAUAGCGAUCUGGGUCUGGAAGUCGAAAACUGCAAAUUUGUGAUGCAUACUGCAGGCCACACAAAAAUCUUUCUUGCGUGACUGCCGAGGGGGUUGCCCAGUUUUGGUCAAGUUGACACGAAGUUUAAUCUAUUUUUGGUUAAGUUUAGGCAGUGCAGACAGGUUCUUGCAGACUCUGGAAUGAUAGGCCCCGCACUCAAGACCUCACGGAGCAUGGAAAUGCUCCAUGGCAAACACCCGCCCAGUUCCAUACUCAGACACAUUUGCAGCGCAUACCCCUACGCAACCAACAACAACGCCGGCAGUUCCAGCUUUCAAGGUGCGGGCGUUAGUCAGGUGUGA